AACCUAACCUUUCGUUCGUUCUACGUUCGUCGUCACGGUUUUUCUCAUUUUGGAGCGCGUUCUUUCGAGAUCAUCCUUCGGAAACUUGAAAUUGGAGAGAGAAUCUAUUAGACCGAAAUCAAACUUCUAUUUUGCAUUCUUUAUUGUACGAUAAAUUUUUCUUAUUUAUCGAAGUACAUCGAUUUUUUGUCAUCUCCUCGAUAUAUAAAGUCGAUCGUGCGAUUACGAUUCUAGUUUCCUUUUUUUUUUUGGUUUCCUCUCUUACUCCAUAAUUUUGUCCUCAUAAUUAUUACAUUUUUUAUCGUAAAAAAGAUCGAAUUUUUAUCUCCAAUUGUUUGUUGAUGAUCUCACUACUAUACAGAGAAAAUGCUUUCUUUAAUUUUUUGGAGCAGCACGUGCAUUGAUAUUUAAAUUAAAAGCUGAUUUUUGCUAUAUGAUAAACUUUCAAGAGAAAAAAAUUUGCAUCUGUGUCAUAGCUACAUAUUAUUUCUUUUUUAUCUACUCGAUUGAUUGAUCAUUCCAAAAGAAAGUUAUUGUACCGCUGUGUUUGUCCUUUGACAGUAUUUGUGAUAGUCAUUUGUGUCAAUGUUGGUGGUGUAAGCGCUAAAUGGGAAUACAAGUCAGAGAUUUGGAGCACUAGGUUUUUCUCCUUUAUUUGAGAACCACCAAUUCAGUGGUGAUUAUGAAAUCUUUGAUUUUGGAGUAGAACAAGUAGUGUAUCUUUAUGGUUUGUGUGUUGUGCAACAUUGUUCCGUUAAACAAAGCUCUAAUUUUUGUGUAAGCUGAUCUUUGAUACUUGUGUCGAAUUGUUGAUGGUGGUGGUGGUUAUAUAGUGAUGUUACAAAGCAAAUUGUGAUAGAGCUGUCGAAUGUUAUGGAGAGAAGAUAGACAGAGUCUCCAUGAAUUGAAUAAUAAAAGGAACACAUGAUCUGAGAAUUGAUGGGUAUAUGCUUUUCCUGCAGGAGACCUACUAGCAGCAGGUUGAACAGUAAGAUCUCUGAGCACAUUUCGGCUUCUGUAACUCCGCUCCAUGUUUGUCUGGAGGAACAAAGAGGACCAGAACUGGGCUUAUGUGACGCCUCAGCUCACAAGCCACAGGUCGAAAAGGUAUCUGAAAAUUACAAAGCACAAGAAGAGGCUGCUGCAGAGGAAAAAUCGGAGAUUGGACUAGCAAUUGAUAUCGAGGAGGUGGAGCUAAACCCACCUAGCAUGGCCAAUAGUAUUAGUAAUAUGAAAAUGACUAACCCCAUAAAGGGGCUUGUCAGCAAACGUCGUAAACGUUUCAAAGAAGAUGGCUUUGAUCUUGAUCUCACAUAUAUACAAGAUAAUUUAAUAGCUAUGGGGUUUCCUGCUGAAAAAUUGGAAGGAGUAUACAGAAAUCAUAUUGAUGACGUCGUCAAGCUGCUAGAAUCUAAACAUAAAGAUCAUUAUAAAAUUUAUAACUUAUGUUCCGAGAGGUCCUACGAUUUCAACAAGUUUAAGCAAAGAGUUGCUACAUACGCUUUUGAGGAUCACAAUCCACCAAGGUUGGAACAAAUCAAGCCAUUCUGCGAAGACGUACAUAAGUGGCUUUCUUUGCAUAAAGAAAAUGUAGCAGUAGUACACUGUAAAGCAGGUAAAGGACGGACUGGCGUUAUGGUAUGCUGCUACCUUCUUCACAGCAAACAGUUUCCCACUGCCUCGGAAGCUCUUAACUAUUAUGGUACCAAAAGAACACACGAUAGGAAAGGAGUAACAAUACCUUCUCAAAUUAGGUACGUGGGUUAUUAUGCUACUCUCGUUCAAGAGAGUCUAGAUUAUCAGCCAAUUACAUUAAUUCUACGGAAAAUUCAAUUGGAUCCAGUUCCCAUUUUUAACGGGGGCCAAGGCUAUCUGCAUUUUGUAAUAUCUGAUUCGAAUAAGAAGCUAUUUGCCUCAGAAGUUCAUGAGGUACGAAAAGGAAUGCAGUCUAUAAGUAUUCCAUUACAAACUCAUCUGUCUCUAACAGGAGAUAUUCGAGUGGACUUCUAUAAUAGGCCAAAAAUGAAGAGAAAGGAAAAGCUGUUUCACUUUUGGUUUAAUACAUUUUUCGUACGCGAACACGUGUCAUCCGAAUACGAAAAUGGUGAAUUACCGAUUGAACGAUCUACGAGGGCAUUGAGCUGCGACGGUACAGCCAUGGAAUUACCGAUGGUCAUGUCACACGUUAAGCCUCGAACAGGAUCUCUAGCUAGCCUAGGACCCAUGCCACCUAACCUUGAAUUGAUUAUAGACAAGUGGGGCUUAGACGACGCACAUAAAGACAAACAUCAUAAAAUCUACAGUGCAGAUUUUAAAGUUAGUUUAUUUAUGCACCGAGUUGGUGGAAGUAAUUCGCCGGCUGUGCCAGCGACAACGAAUAGAUUGGGAGAGGGUGUACAAAUAGGAAUGGGUGGUCAAGAAACGCCCAGUGAAUCCAGUGAAGCAGAUAGCAGUGAGUGCGAUACAACGGGAGACGAAGAUGGUUGGGAAUCUGGUGAGUCUUCUGCAUCUCUGGUGGUGAAUCACCACAAUCUUACACACAGCAGUAGCCAUACACAUGUUAAUACCCACCAAAGAAUUAGUCUCAGAGAAACAGCUAAAGGUCUACUCUCGCGUGGAGAUAAAAGUAGGGGUAGUCCUAGGCAAAGCACUGCUAGUGUAAAACGUUCUUCAACGUUUGUACGUUCAUCCACGUUAGAUACAUAGUCGAUUCGCUGCUUUUGGUACUUAAAAACUGAGUUCUUUCAACUGGCAUUAAACUUUGCAGAUUUAUAUAAUUCCAGUUUUUGGGGUUUUCGAAAGGUUUUGUAGUGUAUGUAUAUAUAUAUAUAUAUAUAUAUAUAUAUGUAUAUAUAUACAUAUAUAUAUAUACACAAUUGCUCGAUAAAAGAGUACAAUCUAAAGACAUUUAUUAUUUGACUUUUCCGCACUAUUUUCAGCAUGAAAUGUGGUCAAGCAUCUAUUCAAAAUGUAUGAUGAUUCUUGUUUAUUUUGAUCAUGAUUGGAAAUUCUUGCAAUCCCGUUUUUUAUGACACACGCUUUUUAUCGAUCUUUCAUUGAAUGAUUAGUUUUAUUGAUUUCUUUUUUUUUUUUUUCUAUUAAUUUUGUAAAUAAUAAUGAAAAAGUUUCUUGAUUAGUUGUAAUUAAAAAUAGAAGAACAGAAACGAUGAAUUUGUGCUGAUACAUAUUUAUUAUAUAGGAAAGUUAAUACGACAAAGACAAUAUUCACAUCUCGUCUUUGAAUUAAUAAUUUAAUCUAUCCUUUCGUUUGCGCAGAGCAAAAAAUAUGAUGGUACAUAUUUAAAAGUAUACAAAUCUUAUCAGAGCACAAAGUUAAAAGUUUUUAUUGCACUAUUCUAUUAUAUUACUUGCAUGUCUUACAAUAACUCCUUGCCUUCUUUUUGGGUAUUGGAUUAUUAACAACUAUUGAUAAGUAAUUAAGAAUCUAUUUUUAAUUGAUUGUCUUAUUGACUAUUCUAUCUGUUUCUACAGUAUUAAGUGUUUAAUUCAACUUGUUUUGAAAAAUUUUUAUUAAAUUGCUUUUGAAAUUAUGAAAUAGGAUUAUUGUGAAUAGUCAAUCUUUAAUGUGGUAGUUCUUGCCCAUCAGCAAGUUUGUAAUUUCCAUGUGACAUAUUAAUAUAUGAUAUAUAGUACAUUUCAAUUAUGAGAUACGAUGUUUGUUGAAUUUCUUGCUAUACGAGUAUAUAGUAAAAUUACAAACAUUAUCGAUUUUAUUAGUUUAUAAAUACAAGAUGUCUAUAUCUAUUCAGGCAUAGAAAUACUUGUCAAAUUUAGUUUACUAUUUCUAUUCAAACAUAGAGAGUUGAUAAUAUAUUUAAAAGAAAAAUAAUAAUAUUAUAGGGAUGAUCGUACUUUGGAUAUACCAAAGUCUAUUUGUGUAUAAACUGUUACAAAUAAUUAAAUAAUAAUAAUAAUAAGAGUUUGUAAAAUAACAUUGACAAUGAUAUAUAUAUAUAUAUCAAAAGAUUUCUACAAUUUUUUUUUUUCUUCUCUAUUUUACACAAAAAUUUGUCGAAACCAUCAGGCUGUGCAAUGUUUCAACUUUUAUUCCUUAAUAUCUUCUACAGAACCAAACAUUACUUUACUAUGAAAAUACAUUUUAUUUAAAUAAAAGAAAUCUCCUGUAUUUCGUAUAUAUUAUACAUCUUGAUAAUUGAAUCGAUGGUGGCACUAUAAUGUGUUAUAUUUGGAAAUAUCUAAGAGAUACCUGAUAACAAAUAUGCUAAUAUAAAAAUAAUAAGUAUCUUCAUUGCACAUUUCAUUAUUAAGUUAUAUAUAUAUAUAUAGAGAGAGAGAGAUAUAUAUAUAAUUGGUGUUAUCAAAAGAUAAUCUCUGGUUACAAAUAUUGAACAACACGUAUAUCUAUAAAAUACGUGAGUAUUUAUAUAAAUACUAUAAAAUAUACAGUUUUAAAAAGCGGUCUUAAAAUUGAUAUUUUAUAAAUGUUCAAAUUUGUGAUCAUUUAAUAUUAGAACUUCUAUAAACCUGUCUGCAAAGUGAGAACAGGAUACAAAUUUAAUUCUUAUUUUGAAUUGUAUAAAUUUAAAUUAUAUUAUUGAAUUAAUAAUUUUCGGUUAUAUAUAUAUAUAUAUAUAUAUACAUAUAUAGGCUGGUGCUUACUUAUUUUAAGCAAAAAGUUGAAAAAUCAGUUUAUAAGGGACCUACAGAACUCAGACUUAACGAAAAACAAUUAGAAUUUAGUUUAUCUACGAGAAAUAUUAAAAAUAUAUGAAUUAAUUAAAAUCGUCUUUCGUAUUGUCUCUACUAUAUAU